GACACGGACCCUGAGUGGAGAAUUGAUGGAUUUCUUCCCUCUGUGAAGUGUGUUACGCAUCAGCCACACUCUGUAGAGCAGUUCGACAUCAGCAUGAGAAGUUGGACUGUAACUGACUUAGGUCUCCUUACAGAGCUCCGGGUGCUGUCCUAAAGGAUGCUCGGUGAUUCCUGGGAAAGAGGACCAUUUUGGGUAAAGAAACGAGCCAGAACCUGAGAGUGGAGAACGGCCUAUGCUGACCACAGUUUGUAACGAAUUUCCUCUUGGAAUCUACCCUGUGGCUUAGCUUUCAAACCACAGGUUCAUCUUAUCCAGGAAAACAUGGCCUCGGCGAAGCUGAGGUGGCUGUACAUGGCGCUGGUGGUGCUGGGCGCCCUCUGCCUGUACUUCAGCAUGCACGACCUGGCCCUGUUUAGCGGAGGGCCAUUCAUUUUCAAGAAGGAGAGCGGGAGGUUCCUCCAGCUCCCGGCCGUGGACUGCCGGCGGGACCCCCCCUUCCUGGUCCUGCUGGUGACGUCCUCCCACGAGCAGCUGUCUGCGCGCACGGCCAUCCGGAAGACGUGGGGCAGGGAGAGGGUCGUGCGUGGGAAACGGACCGAGACGGUCUUCCUCCUGGGCACCACCCCCAGCGAGGCCGCGGCCCUCGCGGUGGCCCAGGAGGGCCGGCGGCACCGCGACAUCAUCCAGAAGGACUUCCUGGACGUGUACCUGAACUUGACCCUGAAGACCAUGAUGGGCAUCGAGUGGGUCCACCACUUCUGCCCGCAGGCGGCCUUCGUGAUGAAGACGGACUCCGACAUGUUCGUGAACGUCUCCUACCUGGUGGAGCUGCUGCUGCGGAAGAACCGCACGGCCCGGUUCGUCACCGGCUUCCUGAAGCUGCACGACCUGCCCAUCCGCGAGAAGCGCAGCAAGUGGUUCGUCAGCCGGCACGAGUACCCGUGGGACAGGUACCCGCCCUUCUGCUCGGGCACCGCCUACGUGCUCUCGGGCGACGUGGCGAGCCAGGUGUACGACGUCGCGGACAGCGUCCCCUUCCUCAAGCUGGAGGACGUGUUCGUGGGGCUCUGCCUGGCCAAGCUGCGCAUCGGCCUGGAGGAGCUGCACUCGGAGCAGACCUUCUUCCCCGGCGGCCUGAGCUUCUCCAUCUGCCGCUUCCGGAGGGUCGUGGCCUGCCACCACGUGCAGCCCCAGAAGAUGCUGAUCUACUGGAAGGCCCUGGAGGCCUCCGCGGGAGAGGCGUGUCCAGCCGAGUGAGCCGCGCAUCUGGACCCGCAGCAGACAACCCGCGGGGA